AUGCCCCGAGGGAGUACACAAUCGAAUGAUGCGCUUAUGUAUGAUGAAUGGAACUACCUUCGAAAUGAGUGGAUUUAUGUGCAGGGCGAAUGGAUUCAAAAUAAUGUGAAUGUUGGAGUGUUUGAUGCUGCUGUGACAAUUCUCUCAAAUAAAGUUGCAAUAUUUACCUCAAAUAAUAGCAACUUAAACUCAUGUGAUCAUAUUACUGCUGAAAAUGAUUUGAGGGAAUAUGAUACAAUCCAGGUUGAAACCAAAGAAGCAUUAAGAGAUAGCCCUAAAGAAAGGAAAAAAAUACUGUUGAAAAGGAAAAAAUUGCUUUCGAAAAUCUGUCAAUGUUUUACACCUUCUUCAACAUCUCCUCAUCACACUCCUCAUCAAGAGGCUUCCACUCCAUCCACAAAAAAUCAUUGCGAGGAACUAAUCGAAUUAAUUAUUCGCUGUAAAGUGUUUAUUAGAGAUUUACAUUCUGAAGGCGCAGAAGGCUCUCUGAUUGAUAUAUUCUCUUUUAUGAAUAAUCAUCCACAUCUUCAAUUGCUUAGACAAAUUUUAAAUUUGUCUACAGUUCAAAGUCGAGGGUUGGAUAAAGCUAUAAAUGAGAGAAUUUACCAAGAACAUCUGGAGAAUAAAAUGAGAAAAGCAUAUAAAAAUGCAAUUGUGCAAGGGGCUGGUCCUGUUGGUUUAUUCGCUACCUACAAACUUUUUAUUGGAGGAGUGAAUGUAACGCUUGUAAAUGAUCGUUCCGAGGAUUAUAUAAGAAAUCGAGUUGUCUAUUUUGACCGAAAAUGGAUGUCACAAUUACGUUUCUUUUUGGGGACUAAAUUUGAUGAAUUAUUUUAUGACAAUGAAAACGGAGAAAAACCUUUGGGAAGAAUACUUGAUGAAGAUAUUGGGUUUGUUAACAUAAAAAAUAUGGAAAAUGUUUUGAAGAAACGGUUAAAAGUUCUGUCAAGUUAUAUAAAUGGACGAGAAAUUCAACAAGGAAACCAACAAGAAAAAUCAUUUCUGAAUUUGGUUUAUAAUACAGCAGUUUUGAACAUAAAUACACAGUAUGAAAAGCCUUUGGCCAUCCUCGGUGCUCCACAAAAGCGUCCUGAAUCCUUUGAUUUUAAUCAUGUGAUAGAAAUGUUAGAAAAUUAUGAAGGAAUGACAAUUUUCGAAUCAAAUGUCAUUGGAAUUCCUUUUGAUAUAUUUUUCUGUGCUGGUGGUGCAAGAGACCAAAUAAGGACGAACUUUAUAGAGCCACCGCAACAAUUGACAGAAUCAAUAAAUUAUGGGGUUGUUAUCUUCGAUAAAAUGAAUCCUAGCAUUAUAGUUUUCGAAGAUUAUGCUGCCUUCUACCGUGAUCCAAUGGCUAAUAUGAGUGAACAUCUGGAGAAACAAAAUAUCGAUGGAUUGAUUUGGCACGCUGGUUUUCUUUCUGAUGAGCUUAAAUCGAAGUAUUUCAACUUAACUGAGAUGAUCUUACAAGAUAAUCAGAUCGUUGUUCGUCUUUUUGAGUCAAAUCCAACAUUGCAUAUUGCAUCUAUAACACCUCAAGCACUUGUAGAUUUUAUUGAGGAAUUUAAUGCAGAGAAAAGAAGCCGUGCUAAUGAAUUCCAUGAAGCUGAGAAUGAAUUAUAUUUAAAACUAGCUUCCAAAGGAAAAAAUAAUUCGAAAAUGCUAAGAGAAAUGAAAAACACACAUGAACAAAUAUUAAAACAAUAUGACGAAUUUCACGAAGAAUUGCAAAAAAGAUGGGCCAAAGCUCUUUUUAAUUAUACAUUUUCUACUAGACAUCCUGAGAAACAAGGGCAAGUAGUUAUUGAAGGUGAUGAACAUGUUGGAAGUUCAAGUACAAGUUCUAAAGGCAAAGAAAUAGCACAUGAACCGGAACAAACUCUUAAAUUUGAUCCUCACAGUGCUAAUACAAGCACUUUUUGGGUUGGAAUUUAUGGAAUUGAAAAUCCUGUAAAGCAAAUUCAUGGAAGUUCAUCAAUUAUUGCAGCUAUAGGUGAUGCAAAUACAAGCGCUCAUUUUAUGACUGCUAGCGGGAUUAGUACAGGCAAGUUACAACGAAUAGUAAGGAGCAAUAACGAGUCUUUUAACUAUAAAUUUUCAAUUUCUCCCGGUAUAGUGAUAAAAUUCACAAAAUUGCCCUUACUACACUACUGCUCAAAAGUAUUGCACCAAGCUAGCCGAUUGGGAGUUGAGAAUGCUGUUAAUGCGAUUAAAUGGUACAAUCAAAGCAAUGAAGAGUUAAAUCUGGAGACAAUGUUAGGUGCCGCCUUGAGAAAAGUUCGAAGGCGAGUACUCGAGAAAGCUCAAGAAUAUGUCAAGAUAGAGGAAGGAGUAAAAAUGGAUCUUGAAAAUUGAAGAAGAAAGUGAGGAUUGAUUUGAGAAGAUGUACAAGUGAUUUGAAGUCGUGAACUUUUUAGUUUUAGUGGGGUUUUAUUGGGCUUU